AUGGCCCCACCAGGAGAUUCCAAAACGUUUUUCAAAGCAGAGGGCGGAAGAGGACAAACUAAUCCCAAAGAUCUUGAAGAAUUAGUACGGAAAGCGAACAAAACCAGUGGAGACAGAACUGGCGUGAAUGGGAUUCUACUUGGUCCACCCGGCGCUGGGAAAGGAACUCAGGUUAAUUACCUUAAUAUGUCCAUGCUGGGCUUGUUAAAGUCCUUUUCUUGCUGAUCCUGGUCUAUGUUAAGAAAGUCUGUGUAUGAGUCAGGUUUGAGUGACCACAGUUAUGGGAUAUGGGCCCUUCCAUUAUUAUUAACUAUCCGCACCCCCCCCCCCCCCCCCUCGCCCAAAUAUGAUUUUUCUCUCUUUCUUUAUAAAACACGGGGCCGCCCCCCUCCCCUUUUUUCACAAAAAAAAAAAAAAAAAAUAAUUACAAAAAAAAACGUGUGUAGAUUUGUGACCCACCAUAUAUUUUUGUGCGCGGGGUUUGUUUGAGUUUUUUUUUUGUGCUGUCGUGUGUGAUUUUAAAGAUUGUGUGUGUGUUUCUGUUUUGUUUGUCCCCACUUAUGGGGUAUGGGCCCCCUCCUUUUUUUUUAAUAUCCCCCCCCCCCCCCCCCCCCCCUCUGUGGUCAAAUUAUGAGUUCCAUCUUCUUAAUAAAAGAUCGGAGUGCCAACCUGUUCCCUUUUUACGAAAAAUAAAAACAAAUGAAAUUUCAUCAAAAGAUCAUGGGUACUGAUGUAGCUACCCCUCCAGAAAUGGCUUUUGAGUAACACCCUCUCCCCAGGAUUUCAUUGUCCUUCAGUGUGGCUGCAAUUAGGUGAAGGUGGAAGCACUGUCCAGUAGAGGGGUAUUUUUCACAGAGGCAUCUGGGAGGUAAAAGACAUCCAUAGCCUGAAUUUCAGCCUUCCCCUGAAUCAACAAGCUGUAAUGCUGUCCACUGAUGUCACUACUUGAAAACCAGGUAGUGAUUAUGUUAAUUUGGCAGACUGAUCAAACAUUCUCAUAAUUAUGUAUAAUUUAGAUUUUAGCAAGACUAUCAUUUGAUAUUCUGGGUAUCGCAUGCUUGCGUGGAGUAAAAAAUAUUGACAGUCUUUAUCGUAAACAGCAAAGUAAUCCUUGUCAUCAAAACUAAUGACUUGUUUACUCAAUGCAGAAACUCAGUAGGUUUCAUUAAGAGCCACUUGGUGGUUUCAGCAGCAAUUUCAUUUAUGCAAAGCAUCAGUGACCAAUGUUUUUGCAAUUUUACAUCAAGCUUGUGCAGCAAAUUUUAGAACUUUCUACCAUUUCCACUGUUAAAUGUAAUGAUUCUGUUACUUUUUCUUUCUUGUUUGCUUGCUUCUGUUCUUCUUUGUUGAGGACCAAACUAACCCUAACCCUAACCCUAACUUCAAGAAAGUUAAAGGAAGCAUCCCAUGUGUAUUUCAAUCUUGCGUGGCAAAGAUGGAGUUUGAUUAUUGCAAAAGAGUAGUGUAUAAUACUGCCUGUUAACAGUUUGAACAUUAACGUGAGUAUUACAAUGAUUUGAGAGUAAAACAAUUCUGUGCCAUGUAGACCUUUCUGGACAAUAUUUCUUUAUUUGCCAUUUGAAAAUUGAGUUUUACUUCUGACAUAAAUUAAAGCAAAGGAGCAGUGAUGUCACUGGAUAGUAUUAGCAGCUCGUCGAUCCAGACGUCCCUUUCAGGAGCAAGGGAUUUGAGGGGAUGGCUGAAAUUCAAGCUAGGACACCCACUGUUGAAUCACAGAUUAAAUUAGUGGAUUGAUAUGUGGAACCCUGGACCAAAUAAGCCUUUUGGAAAAUUUUUGGCUCGUAGAAUUAUUCCUACAUUUACAAAUUAACAAGGUAUAAAACAUUUUUCAUUCAUACUCGGAAGCUUUUGGUUACUGAAUUUAAGGUUCUUAAAAAGCUGUGCAUCUGCAUGGGUUUGGUCUUGCUAAACCAAAGGUGUUGUGUUAACAUAGUGUAAUAAUUAUUAAUAUUAUUAUUAUUAUGAUUAUUAGGCACCAAAACUAGCAGAGAAAUACUGUGUUUGUCAUUUAGCUACUGGUAAGUACAGAACUACAUAUUAUACUGUCUUAGAUAUGGUUUCUGCAUCUUCCUUCUCACAAAUGACUAGUGCUAUCAGUUAACCCUCUAACCGGCAAUCGUACAUAUAACCAUAUGCACGAAAGGGUAAACUCUCUCAAGUGCUGUGAUUUGGCUCCUGGACUGUUUCAGUGCUUUUUACAGAAAAUAGUUUUUGUGACUUUAUUUUUUAGAGGACUUUAGCGACAACGGAAAAAAUCAGAAGAUUUGAUGCAAGCUGUAAAAUCCUAGUUUUUGUCAUCUGUGGCGCUUUAAGGAAUUGUAUUCAUGGGUGUGAUUCAUUUCAACUAACCUGCAACGUAGAUCAAAACUUGCAAUUCUGAACAUAAAUCUUCAAACAAAGGAAAAAAGCUCUAAUGAUUCGUAGUGGCGAUUGACUCAAGGGUAUGAAGGAACUUUACAAGUCGAGUGCCCUCCAAGGGUUAAUAGUCUAGUUGCAUUUAUUUAAUAGUCCUCUUCUAUCUAGCCACUGCCAUAAUAACAUGGCCAUCAUUUCUCUGUGAAAUUUUCUAUUUGGCUUUAUUUUUUUCCAGUUUCUUACUGAAUUAAGUCUUAAAUGUUGUAAGGUGUUUAGAUUGUAACAUACCCUUCAUGCUAAACUUGAGGUAUUCAAUAUCCAUCUUUGAGGCUUGCCCACAAGACAAUAUUUUUAGUUACAAAGUCAGCAGAAGGCAACUUGUCAUAUUGCCCACAAUAAUUCCAGUUUAAAUAUUACAUACUGUGUUUCCUCAAAUAAUACAUGUUGGCCGGGGGGAUAAUUUAAUAUUUUUUUCACCCAAAAAGGUGGCAAUUAUUUGAGGAAGGCAAUUAUUUCAAAUAUUGCUCACUGUCAUUAAUUAAGAGCCAGGGGCUGGGGAUUUCCCUCAGCUGCUAUGAAUGUGGCCCCCGGCUACUUUCAUAGGAAAACAGAAGAAAAAUAGAACCAAAAGAAAUCCCUAGCUGUUUGAUUCUCUGCCCACUUGUUGUAUUUACCCGGCAAGUUGAAAUCCAUUAGAGAAUUCUGUCUAUUGAUCUGCAUUGUCAGUAAAAUCGGAGGUGCCAUGACUAUUUGCGCCCCCACAAGAGAUGCCGACACAUGUCACGUCCUUUGACUCUAGACUGAAGUGUUAGGGUAUUGUUUCCAUGAUACAAAGGUAAUUUAAAUUAAGCAAAUCGACAAUUCGAAGCUUUUGCGCUACUCCCCGUGUUAUUAGGAAAUGCAGUCACUCAACUUGAAUUAUUAUUGUGACUUUAUAAAAUAUUUUAACAUUUUAAGGCAGUAGAAUGUCUAGAGUGCCAGAAAAACAAUCGGGAAGUCGAAUGGUUUCAAAUGGCGCUCAAAGUUGUUUUUAUUAGUAUGCAAAUCAACUACACUUUCGGUUAUUUUCCAUCAAACUGAAAUGUCCUAGCUUUUUUACAACUUUUUUACAACGAUUUGCUUUGUUUCAUUUUAUAUUAUUUUUGUGAAAGCUCAAUUCUUUUAUGUGAAUUUAUGCUUUCAAAAAGAAAAAACCUUGAGGAAUCUUUGUGUUUACAAUAACAGCAAUACCCACAGGCGGCCCAGACGUAGUAUGUGUCACUGAAUGAAUAUAUUAAUAUCCACAUGGACAAAUUAAUGCGAUGAGUCGUCGAAACCAUGGACUAAAAUAGUCUAAAAGUCAAAAUAUAACAAAACAAGGCUAAGAUACCUUCAACUGAACGUAUCCUUGUCUUUCCUGGCCGGUUUAAGUGGCAUUUUGUUGAGUUUUGAAAUUGUAGGUACUAUCCACUAAAGAAGAAUUAAAGGCUGGCUACAAAACAAACAGACCAUCUCUACGCGCCUUCACACGAAGCGCUAUAAAUUCGAGAAUAAUCGACGAAUCCGCUCCAAAUAACCAUCGGAUAAUCUGCAGGUAACGUGUGCUCCUGCUUCUGGCUCGCUUGCUCCACAAAACCCAUCGCAACUGCACAAUAAUUGCUCGCUCAUCAACAACCACUGUUGACCUUUACGCUUCGAUAUGACCGCAAACGACCAGGUUUAAUACGCGACGUGAAUAUUCAAACUUAGCGACCGCGUUCGCGCAACAAUGCAGCACUUGCUAUGGGAGGGAUGGUACUAUUGCUUCCAGGUCAAUAAAUCGGGAAAAUAAUAUUGAAGCCCUUGUAAUUUUUAAAAAGAUCCAAUUUGCCCAAGGAGCACCGAACAGAUACGAAUCUUAUAGCGGGGCUAAAAAAAAAUGAGCGGCAGUGGAAAAAGUAAACAAGAACAUGUAUCACAUUUUCUCCAUAAAAAGUGAAAACCAGGAAGUUUCCUGGACGUUUCACGUUGCAGUCAGGCAAAUCAACGGCAAGGAAAUGUACAAGAAAGUGUGCUGCAAUUAGACCUAUUGUUGUUUUUCACAGUUCUGGUCAAGGGCAUCCAACUUUUAAUUUUUCACAUUUCACUCACCGGGUUAGGCUAUUUUUCGUAGACAGUAAAAUGGAAUCCUAAAAUUUUCGAAUUCAAAAAUGUGAUGAAAGAAGGCAUCUGAAAAAUUAUCUCCUUCGUAAUACGUUAAAUUGCAUCUAAAAUUUUCGGGAAAAUAAUUCGGAAUUCCUCGUAAUUUCGAAAAGACUCAAGUUCCUCUAGAAUGGCCGAACACUGAGAUGCAAAUUUUAUAGCGCCACUUAGAAUGCAUUUCUAUAGAGCUAAAAGUACUUUAUGAAUAGCUACAGAAGUGUUUUCAAUUGAAGUAUUUGAGGAAACAGUCGUUGGGAGGCCCUAUCUCGUUACCUUCUCCGCUUAGCAUUCCACGAUAUAUUUUAUAUUUAGUAUGAGCAAACUAUAAAUCAUUAGCUUCGCUUUUAGCCCUCCUAACUAAAUUUAUGUAAGCGCUGUUUAGAAUGCAUUUUUCGAUCAAAAGUACUCUGGACAGCCUUAAAUGUGUUUUCAAUGCAUUUAGGGGGAAAUCAUCGUUGGGUCCCCCUGAGUUUUGAGAAUAAUAAUAAUAAUAAAAAAAGAGAUCGCGCACAUAAAUUUUACUUUACGAUAUCUUCAGCUGUAUCUUCUAUUCAGCUGCAUAGCGGGGGCCAGAUUUUGCCUUUUUCCUGGGCGGAAAAUUCUCGUCCUCCUACACCAGUUUGGACAACAUAUUAUGGAGUAAGACGUUGUUAAUCUAAGCAAAUAAGUCUGGUAGAGUCAAGAACCUAUGCAAGCGGCUGGACGAACAAUGUGACAGCAGUUGAGACAGCGAACGUUAGAAGAAUUCGAACUUGAAAACCAGGGCUGCCCUGUUGAAAACUUACGGACGGUCCCGCGAUCGCCUUUUGUUUUCUGGUCAAAACUAACGCAGCGAACCUUCGGUCAGUCGAUUGACCUAGAAGCAAUAGUACCAUCCCUCCCAUAGCAAGUGCUGCAUUGUUGCGCGAACGCGGUCGCUAAGUUUGAAUAUUCACGUCGCGUAUUAAACCUGGUCGUUUGCGGUCAUAUCGAAGCGUAAAGGUCAACAGUGGUUGUUGAUGAGCGAGCAAUUAUUGUGCAGUUGCGAUGGGUUUUGUGGAGCAAGCGAGCCAGAAGCAGGAGCACACGUCACCUGCAGAUUAUCCGAUGGUUAUUUGGAGCGGAUUCGUCGAUUAUUCUCGAAUUUAUAGCGCUUCGUGUGAAGGCGCGUGGAGAUGGUCUGUUUGUUUUGUAGCCAGCCUUUAAUUCUUCUUUAGUGGAUAGUACCUACAAUUUCAAAACUCAACAAAAUGCCACUUAAACCGGCCAGGAAAGACAAGGAUACGUUCAGUUGAAGGUAUCUUAGCCUUGUUUUGUUAUAUUUGACUUUUAGACUAUUUUAGUCCAUGGGAGUUUCGACGACUCAUCGCAUUAAUUUGUCCAUGUGGAUAUUAAUAUAUUCAUUCAGUGACACAUACUACGUCUGGGCCGCCUGUGCAAUACCUGUCUAUUUCGUUUCACUUACACUCAUAUUGAAUUCCCCUUUAUUUGAUGGAUUUCACUUGAGACAAUAACGUCACCUUUGAUUUCUCAGAUGCUUGCCUUUUUAGGCACCCUGUUUAUUUUAACGGUCAAGAUUUUUUAAGCGUCACUUCAGACUUUUCAUGACAAUGAUUUAAUGUGGUAAAGUUACGAGAAAUGCUGUCACCGAAGAGGGUCACGCGACACUACUUUGGGACCGCAUGACCUCUAAUGAUCUUUCUGGUAUCUUUUGUUCCUCGGUUGUCUCCAAAACAAUCAAGAUGUUUCACCAAUUUCCACCUACAAAUAAUAGGAGACAUCACAGUGUGACGACUUCAACCAGGGCCACCUAAGAACUUUCAGCCAAUCAGAAACCAUUCCUUUAACAAAGAAUUGGGUGUGCGGACCCCAUCAGGAACUGUCCUAUUUUUUGAUUGGUUAGUUUCGAUCCUAAAUGUUUUUGCCAUUUACAGUGGUGUGUCAUACACACUUACCUGUCUGUCUUGUGUGGCUGCUUUUUUGUAAAAUAUGAAUGCAGCAUAUAUAUUGAAGGGCUGGUUAUACUUAUUGCUCAGUAAGGGGUAUAAAAGUGCCUUGUAUCUAUGGGGAAAAAGAGCUGUCUGGUUAGACUGGUUACAAGAUGUUGUUUGAAAAUUUUGUUUUGGUUUCUUUACUGCUGAAUUGUAUUCUCUUAUUCCUACAACUAGAAGUCAUCAUUUUAGAUCUGGGUCAAGAAAACUUUCGUUAACAAACACUUGUGGUCAACAAGAAAAAAAUCAACAGCCAGGCUAGUGCUAGGCUCUAUUUUUAUCAAGAAGACAGCGUCGGAGUAGUCUCAAUUUCCCUCUUCAGCCAAGCGACAAUUCAAACCUUAUGAACCUAUCACGUAAUUGAGUAUUAAGUUUACUCCUAAACUUCUUGCUUGCUUCGUUUUUGCUUCUUCUUGCUUGCUUCGUUUUUUUCUUUCAUCUCUGAAGAAAUGUUCUAGCAACAAGAGAACCAAAAAAUGAGCAGGUGUUCGUUCACAGGAUGGGAAAGCAUAGUCAGUGCGGUGUUGCCUGACAUUUCAUUAGCAUUCUGUAUUUCUUUAAACUUUCCUCCGGUUCCAAGUUCUUGAGUGAUUGCACGUUGAGAUUGUCUAAUCCAAUAUUAUAGAGAUCUAGAACUCCACAGACAAAUUGUGGGAAGUUUAGACCAACAGACUGUUUUAUUCUUAGCUGCACAGAAAUGAUUUCGACUUUCACUUUCAAGAAGGCAACGCGAAAGAAAACAAGAUUCUUUGGUCUCUGAUUGGCUCACGCUAGAAGUAAGCCAUUUGAAAUGGCAAAAAAUUUAGGAUCAAAACCAACCAAUCAAAAUAUAGGACCCGAUGAGGUCCACACGCCCAGUUCUUUGUUAAAGGAGCGGUUUCUGAUUGGCUGAAAGUUCUUAGGUGGCCCCAGUUGAAGUCGUCACACUGUAAUUUGAUUGACAGGACAAUUUACAUUUACUAGCGAUAUGUUUCAAUAGGCAGGAUUUUGUAAUGCUUAGUGACAGCCCUGCUAAAUAUUUUGUUUCAUUAUCCUAUUGAAUCAAAAAAUGAUUGAAUAAAAAAAAAAUGAGCAUGGGCAUUUUAAUAUUAUUGUUCAAGUUCAAUAUCCUCGGUGUUAGAGCUUGAACCAUCACUGAUCAGUUUUGCUGGAUCAGUUCCACUUAACAGGGAGGGGGGGGGGGGGGGAAAAAAGAAAGGAAAAAGGGAAAAAGGGGGGGGAGUUUUUUAGGAAGGGGAUUACUGGGGGGGGGGAUUUUUUUGAGGAAAAUAGGUUAUUUUGGGAAAAAAAAGGUGUUUUUGAAAUGAUGUUUGAGAGCACAUCAAAAAAAAAGAAUUUUUAUAUACAAACAUAUAAAAAUUUUGUUUAUAUACAAUAAACAAAAAAAAAAAUAAUAAAAAAAAAAAAAGUAGAAGUUUGUUUUUUUUAUUUUUUGUUUCAUAUUUAAUCUCCGGGGGGUAGGACAUAAAAACAGCAGUGUGGGGGUGGGGUGAAAAGUAAAAAGGGGGGGGGGGGGGGGGGGGGGGGGGAUAAAAGAAAGAGAAGAAGGCAAACGAGGAGGGAUUAUUCUAGGAAGGUGAUUACUGGAGGGAUGGCUAUUCUUUGAGGAAAUAUGGUAUUAUUGGCAUAAAAAUGUGCUUUUGACAUCAUGGUUAAGAGUCCAUGCAAAUAAACAGUUCCUGAAAUCACUGUUGAGUAUCAGUGGAUUUGACAAUGGAUGGAGAUGAUCUGUAACUUAGUACAAAAGCCAUUCAAAUCAGUUACAAUCCUUGUUUAUUGCUGAUGCAUGAAAAAAAUUGAUGGCUUUGAUCACUGGUAUGUUCCUUUGUCAAAAGUAAAGUUGUAGACUCAAUGGAUCAAUGACUGACUCUUUGUUUAUGUAUGUAUGUUUGCAUUUGAUUAUCAGGGGACAUGUUGAGAGCUGUUGUUGCUUCUGGCUCUGCUUUGGGUAAAAAAGUUAAACAAGUUAUGGAUUCAGGCCAGGUAAAUUAAAUCAGAGUGCAAGUUAAAACUAAACAUGGAAUAUAGAUAUGAAAAAAUACUUGGUGUACACAUAUAAAGGGGGCAGUUGUUUGAUAUUUUUUCUUGCUGCUGCAAUUAUUAUCAGAGCAACUCAAUGUUUUCUACACUGUUUUUCUAUAAAAGCUAUGACAUGAAUUUUUUUCUUUUCUUCCUUUCUUGUGUAAUAUUCAUACUGUUUAGGCAAAAGUAGGAUGAUUAAAUUUAGCAAGCAGCACACUAAUGUGCUUGCUUUCUUGCUGGUGCAAUUUUUAUCAGAGCAACUCAAUGUUUUCUACACUGUUUUUCCAUAAAAGUUAUGACAUGAAUUUUUUUCUUUGUUCCUUUCUUGUGUAAUAUCUAUACUGUUUAGGCAAAAGUAGGAUAAUUAAAUUUAGCAAACAGCACAGUGCUUAACUUUGUCAGUCUUUUUUUGUUAACAAUUUAGCUGGUGAGUGAUGCACUUGUGGUUGAGCUUAUUGAUGACAACCUUAACAAACCUGAAUGUGCCAAUGGUUUUCUCUUGGAUGGGUUUCCAAGGACUGUGGUUCAAGCAGAAAAGGUACAAUUACAGAAAAUCUGAGGGAGCAGCAGCAAGACUAGUGUCAUUAGAGUCAGGGAUGGAUACAGAAAAUUCACAACAAAGCACUGGGAAACUUGCCAGCUAUUUAACUGCUAUAAUUUAUUGGUUAAAGAACUCUGAGAGCACCUUUUUAUGGCUCUAGACAAACGCGUUUAUUGUGAAUUUUUUAAACUUUUAACACAAAAUAUAAUAAUACAAAAGGUUGGGGGAGGGAUCAGCCUUCUCAACUCCCCCUAAAGCCACCCAUGCUCGGUGGAAACUAGCAGGGUCUCUAGUGUGGGGUCAGUUUGUGUAAGUGGUGAAGCUGAAAGACAGAAAGCUGCUUGCAGUUGACUUUUUACAUGAAGCUGCUUUAAAAGCUUUGUGAGAUUUGUUCUAACACAGGCUGCUCAAUCACGUUCAAAACAGCAGCCAUUAUUUCAGGCUAUAGUACAACACACCAUCUGUCUGCAUAUCACUGACUGCCUUUUUCUCUUUUUCUUUGAUGAGGAACUUCUUAAAUGUCUGUAUGGCCAGUAAACUGGUUCAUGUUUGUUGUUUAUGUUUGACAAUCAAAUUUUCCAUUAUGUCUUCCCAUAUUGUCAGCUUGAUGAGCUUCUGGACAAAAGGAAAUCAAGCUUGGAUGCAGUUGUAGAGUUUGGAAUUGAUGAUUCCCUUCUAGUACGCCGGAUUACUGGCAGGUAAGUCACAUGCUACAGUGUUAUUAUAGUCAACUUUAUCUUAAUGGACACUUCUGUAUGACCGACACCUCCCUUAUAAUAGACACACAGAGUUGGUCCUUGUUGCUCCUAAGAGAUGCCCUUCCUUGUGUAUCAGUAUAUUUUUCAGUUGCGAAGUUUCAGCUUGUGAGCUGCAACCUUUCUCUUGCCAUGAUUUGGCAAAUGACAAAAUACUCACAAACUGCCAAAACUGUGUUCGGCCACCUUAAACAUGUUUAAAAACUGUUUAGUUGAACAUGGUUUGAAUUUUCUUUCCUCCAUAAAAGCUGCUAACUAACUUUUAAAAACUGAUUGCAAGUCUAGUGCAAAUUAGAAAACAUGCUGAAUUUCAUUUGAAUCCUGUGUGAAACCCUGUGUUCUAGUUUUCCAUGACUGUUUUUCAUUUUUUAAAACCUGUCUAAACAUGUCAUGUCAUGUAAACAUGUCAUGUUUAGGUGGUGUGAAUGAGGCAUUAACAUUAGUAAUUAUUACUGUGAUAAAUACUUAAAAGAUACAGUUGUAAUAUUAUUUUUAAAAAAUAUUAAUUUUUUUUGGGGGGGGGAGGGAGUGGGGGGCAGGUUCAUGGUGUGAGCAGAAGUGGUAUCAGUGUAUUUUUAUGCAUAGCUGGUCUUUAUGCAUGUUAGUUUACAUGUUUAUCAAGUUUUCACUGUUCAUUUUUAAGGCUGCUUCACAAACCAAGUGGAAGAACUUAUCACACAGAAUUCAAUCCACCUAAAAAGCCUAUGACUGAUAAUGUAAGUGAUUGGGUUAUUUCUCAUGUAUGUUGACCUUAGCUUAGUAUCUUCCGUGAAACUCUUACUCUGACAAGGGAGAAAUUAUUUUAAUACCUUUGGGAAUAGUAACGUUUUUAAACUACUUCUAUACUGUUUUAAUGUAAAAAUGAUUUUUUUAGUCAUGGACACAUCACAUUUACGUUGUUGUCAAAUCUUUAAUUUCAAAGUGAAUACUGUAAAUAUCUUCCAGUAGUAGCCUUAUUUGAGAUUUCCUCUGCAAGUAUAUAUUAUAAUGAACAGCACCCAAAGUAACUGAUUUUACAGCAAGGAGCCCAAAAGAGUGACCUCCUUUAAUUAACUCACAUUCUUUCAUGUAGACACUAACCAAUCAGAAGCUGAGCACAGUUUCCAGCUGGCUUCUGAUUGGAUGAAAUCUGUUCGAAGGAAUGUCAAUAAAUCAAAAGCAGUCACACUUUUGGGCUCCUUGCUGUAAUUGGCACUUAGAUGAGUCUGAAGUAUAGCUUGUUCCAGACCUACAGUUAGUAGUGCGCGGUGUUCAGCAGAUGGUGGGGAGCGAGUUAAAUUGUACGCGGGAAAAACAAGGGGGGACUGGGGCGUUAUUUACCAUCUUCAAUUUUUUGCCUGCUCUUUACUAUCUGAACACCUAGAACAGGCUUAAUCUGAAGUAACAGAUUUCCCAGUCAGUGCCAGGUAACUAAUAAAUAACCUAACUUGCAGCUGUAAGUGGUUUUUCUGGUAAAUUGUGUGUGUCUUUCGAGUGUUGUAGGGGAGGGGGAGUGGGGAUAGAGAGGGUUAGAGCACUACUCUUAUUUUUCUAUUUUCAUUAUUGAUUCCAGGUCACUGGUGAACCUCUAAUUCGUCGGUCAGAUGAUAACGAGGCAACGCUGAAGAAACGUUUAGAAGCUUACCACAAGCAGACUGCACCGCUGGUUGACUAUUACAAAAAGCGCGGGCUCCAUUCACGCAUUGAUGCUGCUGAAUCCCCGGAUGUUGUUUUCAAGGAUGUUUUAAGGGAGUUUGAGAAAGCCAAGGAACGCGCGAGGAAGUUCUUUCAAUGAAUGAUUUUCUUGAAUUAAUUAGUAUCAAUUGAGUAGAACCAAGUAACACGUUCCUCGUUCCUUCCCUAGAAUUAACAUUCACCAAUUGUUACAAUAUGCUUAUUCCAAUAAUAAAAAAAAAUUGUCUCCGUAUUACCGACUGUCUCUGUGUUGCAUAUAGUUUGGAUUUUUAGGUCUGGCGUUAGGGUCAUAUGAUAUGGCUAAUCCUCUUGUCUUUAUUCAGUGCGGCUUACUGCAGUGAAAACGAAGUAUGUUUUGCUUUAAACGGCCGAGAAAUAUUAAACUAAACAUUCGCGACAUUUCGGUGUUCCCUGGCUUUCCUGUUCACAAUGUCAAUUUCCCAGUUUCCGUUUUUUUGUGGACGGAAAGACGUCGAAUACAGUGGAAACUGAGAGAACUGCCAAGUGGCCUGAAAGGUUGUUAAAAAGUUUUUUUCAAAAGUUGACGUUGGGUCAACUGUGGAGUUACGCUGUUUUCGGGGAAGUCAUAUUCGUUUACAGAUAACUCGGGGUUACGGUUUUUAUACCGUAAUCGACAUUAUAUAUUCAAAUAUAAGUGACUACUAAAUAAACCUAAAAUUUUACGGUGGGCGCUAGCUACGUCUGCCGGAAAUUACUUGGGAACUCUGGCUAGAAUAUAUAAAUACCUGUACACACUAUAUGGUUUAACUUCUUUAACUAGGCCAAUAAGAGUAAUUUUUUUUUUUUUUUGAACGAAUCAACAUAUCGUAAUUUUUCAGCCCGUGAAGUUCAAUACGUAUUCUACAAGUUCAUGGCAGAGAAGUGUCUCCUUUCUCUGAUUCGCUUUAAUAUUUUGACCAAAGGCAUUUUUUCCCAUAAU